AUGACCCACCAGGUUGGAGAUGGAUUCGACUUAGGUUACCUUGACCCCGAUUAUAUGCGUUUGCAAUUGCAGAACCAAGGUUACUCUAUUGGCGACAACAUGAUUAAUCAGAGUCAGAUAAACAAUAGAGGUUCACUUAUCCAUGGAGACAUGCUCCCCCACGAUCAAAUCGCAGACGGAGGCUUCCAAACUGACAACAAUAUGUUCUCCCAAGAUCAUAUGGCAGAUGGAGGUUACCACAUUGACGACAAUACGUUUUCUCCAAACCAGAUGAACAACGGAGAGUAUGCGAUCGACGACGAUUUCGAGAUGACUGACGCACAAAUGAUGGAUGGUACUGCUCCUGCUAAUGGCGCAUUUUCUCCCCACGAAGAAAAUAGAGCAUAUGCAGUUGACAACGACAUCGAAAUGUCAGAUGAAAGCAUGAUGGAUGAUGUCAUCUCUGCCGAUAACACUACUGCACCCCAAGGAGAAGAUGGAGAGAACAAAGUCGACGAUGAUGCCGAUGACAACGCGAUCAAUGCUGCUCCUGCUCCCAAUGACCGCAAUACUCAAUAUCGCAUUAUGUUUUUAGCCUUUAACCCUCCUCCCGCUGUCCAAAUCGACCCAAGCCAAAGAAGUCCAUUCCAUGCCACUCCUAUCGAUAUCAGACACAUGAUAUAUGAACUCUGUUUACCGGGACCAAGAACGGUUAACUUUGACUUGAUUAAGUCACGGAGGUCCACUCGCCAACAAGAGUAUAAAUUUACAAUCCCAGGCAUCUUUCAAGUAAAUAAGGACAGUCGAGCAUUCUGGAACAUGAAAUAUACUACUAUCUACAAGCCUCACUACCGAGCGAUGCACAAGUUCUACGGCACUCGCCGCCCAGGGCCCUUGAUCUUCAACCCUAAGAUCGACACUGCGUCAAUCACCUUCCUCAACAAAAUGCCAGAAUGGGGAUACAACGAAACUGAAGAAUGGUUGCGACUUGUCCAUGAUUCAUUACCCGAUGGAUUGGGCAGCGUCAAGUUUUUAGAUAUUCGUGAAGUCUCCACUAAAGGUACAGAUCUUGAUGAUUCUGAUUUGCAAGAAAAUUUCUUUCCCGCGCCAGUUUGGAAUUCCAUCUUCUGGACAUUGUUUGGAGGGCUAGAAAAACUUUACUUCACAGCAUCCGAUGUGGGUUCCCAAGGGAAGCGAAAGUUAAGAGAACCUGACUUUGCCAGACUUAAAGAUUAUGUUCUUUCAUAUCGUGCUUCGGGUGUUGCUUUAGGUAUACAGAAUCCAAUUGCGGCCAACAACGUGGUGGUUAGAUCUUUUGUUCCGGCUUGA